UAACAUGGCUGAAGAGAAACAAAACAGCGCUGGUCUUCUACUUGGUGAUGUGCAUUCUGUGGUUUAUUGUCUGCAUUAUCCAAGUAAUUAUUGCCUUUAUCGCAUGGGCGAUCUGGCACAUUAUCAGGAAGGUGGUGGAGACGAACUGCGAUCAAAUUGGGGAUACUUGUGUAUGUCAUGACACAGAUAAUACCCCUAUUACAGUGCACAACUGCGAUGACAUCAGGACGAUUGAGAGCAUUUUCUUGUGCAUUCUGAUCAUGAGCGCCUUCGCCGCCAUUUUGACGCUCUCUGGCUCCAUCAUUGGCUGUAUGGGGACUUGCUGCGCUCGACCAGCUCAAUCUAACGUGGUGGUGGUGCAACAGCCAGCUGGGUAUCCUAUUGUGAUGCAACAGACCUCAAUGAUGCAACAACAGGCCUACCCUGCCCAGCCAUAUCCGGGACAGCAGCCAUACCCGGGACAGCAGCCCGUUAUGAUGGCCCAGGGUGGCGAGGCUCCACCCGGUUAUGAUCAAGGUGGUUUACCGCCAAAACAGUAGUAAUCAUCGAGUUUUUAAGUCUCUUAGCCUCUUACGCAGACUUCUUUUAGAUUCGUCAUGCAAUCCCUUAAGAUUGCGUGACGUGUCCUAAGGAAUGCUACGCUGAAAGCUAACCGUUUAUCGACGUUUUUAUUUUAGUUUAAUUAAUAAAACAGCUACACUUAUCAGGCUAAAAUAGUAGAUACAAGCAACAAAGGGCACCAUUCUUGUUUUUCGGUUGUCCUUUUAUCAUUCAAUGCAAUGUAUAACCAAGACAUUUGUACUUCAGAACGGGCACUCGCCAGUGUUAAACCUCCUUCCGUAGUCAAUUCCUUCGUAUUCCUAUUAAAUAGUCCUCUCUUCGAUGCACUACGUCACGCACCUCUUCGCAGGACGCAGGGUCGAUCAUAGAUUGAGUGACUCAUUCAGGGUGACGCAUCUCGGCGUGACGAACCAAGGAGCGACAUAAGUUUCAUCAGUUUGAGAUAAACGCGACCCCGGAUGCUAAACGUAUAAUAUCCAAACGAGUCAUACAGGGAAGGUAGCUAUUCAGAAAUCUGCUCUAGAAAUUCACGUAGCAUAGCCGCAGAGCAUAAAAUGAUUGUGUGUACUAUAGAUAACUCAAAGAACAAUAAAGUGCAGUUAUCGUAAGCGUA